CCCCCUUACUGUCCAACACCCUCCCCCAAACAAAACCCCUCUUCUUUCUUCACUACAACCAAUUCUCAUCUACAUCCUCAUCUCAUCGGGUCAUCGCCGGACAUAAGAGAAGAGACAGUGAGGUUGCGUUUUCAUCGAAAUCAGCUGUAAACGGCGUUUCCGAUAUUCAUGGAUUCGUCGUCGUCGUCCCUGCAUCUAGCCAUGGCGGCUCUAGUUGGAGCUUCAUUGAUGGCAAUUUCCGCUUUUUACGUUCACAAGCGCACUGUUGACCAAGUACUCGAUCGUCUCAUUGAACUACGCUUUGGUUCACCUAGAAGUUCCAAAAUGAAAUCAGUUGUCACUGACGAAGAGAAUUCCGGAGAGGAGGAAAACGUGGACGGUGAAGCGUACGUGUGGGAUGGAGAAGUGGCUAUGAAGAGAAAAAUGCGGAGUCGGAGUGCAUCGAGGUCGUUGGACGAUAAAAGUGUGCUUCGCAGUGAUAGGGUGUCGAGUUCGAUGCCCAAUGCGACAUUGAGCAAUGAUUGGUUUGAUGAGGAUGUUAAGUUUGGUCAGCAGUCAUCGAGGUUUAGUGCUCAGGGUCAGGGAGAGAGGCUUAAUUUCGUUCCCUUGGGGCUGGCGCCUCUGCGAAUGUCUACAAGAGAUGGAGAAAAUAAAUCUGUCAACUACUCCACUUCUGUUACAAGGAUGGCAUCUAUUGGCAGGCUAAAUACUCCAAGAUCCCCUGGAGGUAAUGCCUUUGGAAGUGAAUGGGACUCUGAUGAGGAAGGAACAGAAUAUAAUGAAGAUGAAAAUAUUUUCGUCAACGAAAACUUGGACACUUCUGCUGAUCAUAUAAAUGAGGUUGAUUCAAAAGUCCAAAGUUCAUCUCUGCCAUUUUUAGGUGGUACUACAAACGUUAUUAACGAUCAGAAUCUGCAAGAACCUAUAGCUGAAGUAAAAGUCGGUGUUGAUAUGCUUAGCAGAAACGUAGAUAUAGCUUUAGCGCGCCAAGUGGGGAAUGAAGCCAACACAAUUGGACCUUCAAGGAGUACAAUGCAUGAGGCGGCAAAUAUUGAAGAGGAAGAAGUGCGGAAGAUGAUCCGUGAAUGCUUGGAUUUGCGGAAUAGGUAUGUUUACAGGGAAGGGGUUGCUCCGUGGAAGCUAGAUGUAGGUGAACUUGGUACACCACGGUUGAAAUCAGAUCCUUUUCACUUUGAACCUGUCCCUGCUACUACACACCACUUUAGGAUGGAAGAUGGAGUUGUACAUGUUUAUGCCAGUGAACAAGAUACUGUAGAUCUUUUCCCUGUUGCUAAUGCAACAACGUUUUUUACUGAUAUGCACCACAUUUUAAGAAUCAUAUCUAUUGGAAAUGUUCGCACUGCUUGCCAUCACAGACUAAGAUUUCUUGAGGAGAAAUUCCGCCUUCAUCUGUUAGUAAAUGCAGAUAGGGAGUCCUUGGCUCAGAAGGGUGCUCCCCAUCGUGAUUUCUAUAAUAUCAGAAAAGUUGAUACACAUGUGCAUCAUUCUGCUUGCAUGAACCAGAAGCAUCUCCUGCGAUUCAUUAAGUCAAAGCUAAGAAAGGAACCCGAUGAGGUUGUUAUAUUUAGAGAUGGAAAAUAUAUGACACUAAAAGAAGUUUUUGAGAGUUUGGACUUAACUGGGUAUGAUUUGAAUGUUGAUUUGUUGGAUGUCCAUGCUGAUAAAAGCACGUUUCAUCGAUUUGAUAAAUUUAAUCUUAAAUACAAUCCUUGUGGACAAAGCAGACUCCGGGAGAUUUUUCUAAAGCAGGAUAAUCUAAUUCAAGGACGUUUCUUGGCAGAAGUAACAAAAGAAGUUCUAUCAGAUCUUGAAGCAAGCAAAUACCAGAUGGCUGAGUACAGGGUUUCUAUUUAUGGAAGGAAACAAAGUGAAUGGGACCAGCUAGCAAGUUGGUUUGUAAACAAUGCAAUUUAUAGUGAGAAUGCUGUUUGGUUAAUCCAGCUACCACGGCUCUACAAUGUCUACAAGCAAAUGGGAACAGUUAAAUGUUUUCAGAAUAUUAUUGAGAAUGUUUUCAUUCCACUGUUUGAAGUCACAGUAGAUCCGAGCACUCAUCCUCAACUACAUGUGUUUCUAAUGCAGGUUGUGGGGUUGGACAUUGUUGAUGAUGAAAGCAGACCAGAAAGACGUCCAACUAAGCACAUGCCAAAACCAGCUGAAUGGACCAAUGAGUUCAAUCCAGCCUACUCUUAUUAUGCUUACUACUGUUAUGCGAAUCUAUAUACUCUUAACAAGCUUCGCGAAUCUAAGGGAUUGCCGACCAUAAAAUUUCGGCCACACUGUGGAGAGGCUGGUGAUAUUGACCAUUUAGCUGCUGCGUUUCUUUUAUGCCAUAAUAUAUCUCAUGGGAUCAACUUGCGCAAAUCUCCUGUUUUGCAAUACUUGUACUACCUUUCUCAGAUUGGAUUGGCUAUGUCACCAUUGAGCAACAAUUCCCUAUUCCUGGAUUAUCAUCGAAACCCGUUUCCAAUGUUCUUCCAGCGUGGCCUGAAUGUUUCACUCUCAACUGAUGAUCCUUUGCAAAUUCAUUUAACAAGGGAACCACUGGUGGAAGAGUAUAGCAUUGCAGCAAAGGUGUGGAAGCUCAGUUCAUGUGACCUCUGUGAGAUAGCAAGAAAUUCUGUUUACCAAUCUGGAUUCUCCCAUGUGGCAAAGUUGCAUUGGCUCGGCAGCAAAUUUUUAUUAAGAGGUCCAGAGGGAAAUGAUAUUCAUAAGACAAAUGUACCUCAUAUGAGGAUUGCCUUCAGAGAUGAGACAUGGAAGGAGGAAAUGCAGUAUGUCUACUCAGGAAGGGCAGUUUUUCCUGAAGAAGUAGAAUUUUAAACAGAGAAGCAACUACAAAUUAGACACUGAUGCUUACUGAGAAUUGCCAACAAUUCGUCUGAAUUUUUCCAACUUUACCAAAUUUAUCGGUUCAACACCGCCUGUAAUUCAUCACUCCACUAUAAUCACAGGUUGCAAGGAACUAGCACCGAUACCAUAAUUUAUAGUAGCUUUGAGGAGAAAUUGCGAUUUUUACACAGGCAAUUGUAAGGGUAAAUUUCACCCAUUAUCUAUUUGGGGGUGGUGAUGUAUUAUCUUUCCUGAACUUUAAUUUGUAGCAUAAAGAUCCUUUAAUAUUAAUUAAAUAAACAUGAAAGCUUUACUAAUUUCAAAUUA